UGCAAUACUCCGCCUAGGACCCAGAAGGGAGGCCCCUGCAGAGAAUAGAUUAAGACGUUUCUCUGAAAAGGAAGAAAAGGGGAGUAAAAGUACGCUUGGACUCUGGUGCUGCAGAAGCCGUACAGAAGAGAUGUUGGAAGAUGGUGACACCAGAAUUGUAUGAUGGCCCCACCGGUGUGUUCUGGCCGCUGUUCCGUUUGCCCUUCCCUUUUACAGGUAAAAACAAUGUAUUCCCUGUACCUGCCCUUGCUGGUGCUGUGUCUACAAGAUGCACAGAGCGCCGGCGGUGUCCUCGCACUCCACUACAGCGGAAACACUUCCGACCGGGAAGCUCAUUUAAAUCCCCUCCUGAUGGAUGUUGCUCCUCCUCUAUCACUCGGAGUAUAUGAUAAAUAUGAUAAUAUAUUUACAAGCCAAAGCAAAGAACAAGCCAAAGCAAAAACAUGUGAGGAGAUGUUCUUGCCCAACAAUAAGCUGCAGUGGGUUCCUGGAGAGAACAGGCUGAUUCCUCUUCAUGCAGUUUCAAUCGAAAACUCGUACACGACUCGCAAAGACUACGUCUGCAGACCCAAAGACUUCUGUUCCUCUGGGUUCUUCAGCAUAGCCAAAGGUCCCUACUGUCAUUACCCAUAUUAUGGAGAGGAACAUCAUACUGAGAACUUUGAGUUCUUGGUAAAUCCGGGUGACUUGGAGAUGUUAGAGUGGAAGUCCCGUUCCGACACAACUGAUUAUCAAAACACUGUCAAGGUCUGCCAGGACGGAUAUGUUGGGAAUAACCGGUACGGUGUGGGAUUUGUGAUUUCUAACAGAUUUUAUCUGCCCUAUGAUGGCAAAGAAUAUUCUUACAAAGAUUACAAUGUUCUAACAAUAAAAACUGAGAAAUACCAUCUGGACAUGUCUGAGAUAAAGUACCGGAUGGACUGCGCUAAGAAAGCAUCGCAUCCUCCCCAAAACCUGAAAAUAUCUAAGGUGAUCAAUAAUAACAAUGAAGAGGUGAAUAAGAAAGUUACUAUGGAGGAGACAAUCCAGAAGACGAGCUCCUGGGACACAGGCACCUCCACCAAGCUGGCUAUAUCAAGUACCGUUAGUGCAGGCAUUCCCAAAAUCACCCAAGCGUCUCUGAGUGUUUCGGUCGAGGAAACAAAGUCUUUGUCUCAGGGCACAUCAGUCAGCGAGUCCCAGAAACACUCGCUCUCAGUGGAGGUCCAUGUGCCUCCAAGACACAGCUGCAUCGUGAGGAUGGAGGGGAGGAAGUUCACGGCCGAGAUCCCAUUCACAGCUCAGCUCACCAGGAGGUACACCAGCGGUAAAAUCAGUCACAGCACCAUCAGCGGCGUGUACAAAGGUGUGGACAUGGGAGAGAUCCACUGCGUGGUCGAUCAAUGUGAGUCUCUGCAGUUGAUGAGUCCAGGAAGUUCUCACCGUUCAAACAGCGCUUGGCUGACAGUCACUCUCCUCACUGUCUGUGUGGCAUCACUUACAGCUCUAGCUUUCACCACUUUCUUCUCUUGAAGAGCUCACAGAUGAGGUCUCGCCAAGUAAUUAUUAAUCAACACAUAGCUCUGUCUUUAUACCUCCAGUUACAUACGGCUACGAACGUUAUUUGAUUUUUGCACAUGGCAAUAGUUUGUGUAGAAAGCACUUCGCUGUAUACUUACCCUCUCUUCCAAAAAAAUGAACAUCUACACUUCACAA